AUGUUUGCUUCUGGCGGUAGAACGAACCCGAGCAGCAUGGCGUUCAGCCAGGGGGCAGCUCCUUCACAACAGCGGUCCUCGCAGAGGGACAACAACUACAGAGAAAACACCUACGCAGCAGGAGCAACAGAAUUUGUGCCCGUAUUGAAAAUAACCGAAGAAGGAGACGCACAAGCCCAAACAGCCGCCGGCCUGGACCGGAUUCGCCGGCUCGAUAGUCUGCACUUUUUCCACGCUUUGGGGCGGAUUUUGUACAAUAAGAGGUGCGAACCAAAAGCGGAUCCGGAGACUCUGGUGCAGGAAUUCGUAGAAUGGAAAGAGCGCGAAACGAAGGACUUUUGGCAAAAAUUCGAAGACGUUGAGAAAAGGAGGAAGGCACAACUUCUUGCGGCCGCUGCUAAAGCGGUACAAGUUGCACCAUCGCGGGGGCCACAAAUUGUUUCUGUGGUGGAUCAACAUGGCGCGCAACAGGUUGGGGACGACCCGCGUUCAUCGAGGCAAGAUUGGGAUGGAAGUAAAAUAAAGAAUCCUCGUCACGUACUAGGUGGUUACAGCACGACCUCUACGGAUCUCGCGCACGACCCUACAACCCGUGCGGAAGAUGUUGUCGUGAGUAGUAGUAUAAUGUCAACUUCUAGUACGACAAGGAAUAUUAACGAGGUGAACAAAGGUGGUGGACCCCUACCUGUAGUGCGGAUAAACGCCGAGCCUGUGAUAGAAGUACCAGAUGGUGCUCACAAGAGGUCUACUACUUCUUACGCCUCCGCGUCUUCCAGCCCAAGUUCGCGCGGCUUUGCUGGAACUGGGAUGAAGAGACGGCCAGCUGCACCCGGAGUAGCAGAAGUUCAACCAGGAGCGGGAAGUAGACCUUCGCCAAAGGCAAACGAAACGAACCUUCCAACGGCGAAGCUGAAACCGGUGAUGAAGAGAGUGAACUUUGCUAAAAAGAACCAGGAUUCUGGUUCUCCCGGCGUCGCAAAUAAAGUACACGACGACAUUAUUUGUCUCACUUCGUCGGACAGCGAGCCGGAGAUGCUGAAUGUUGUCGCGCCGCCCGCUGGGCCACCAGCUAAGCGGCAGCGGGUUUUACCACCUGAGGGUGCGGGGCAGAGCUCAGCUGCUGUAGGCAGUCACACCAGCAAUACUCAGGCCGGAAGUAUGAUAAGAACUACUACAGGUGCCAAACCGACAACAAUUCCAGGUAGUAGAAGCACCACUACAUCAAGAACCGAAGAGCAGGACAACAACGAGAUAACAACUCUCCCGCGGCCACUGCCGAACAAAACCGCAAAAGACUACAAGAAUCCGAAGGAAUUUUCCGAGAAGGGCAGCCGGCAAAUCAAAGUCGAGGAAUUUUCGUUGCGAACACCCGCGUUGUUACAGAGUAUAAACUCAUCUUCGACGUCCUCCACCACCCCAGCUGCGACGUUGACACUGGUGAAGUCCAUCCGGCCCCAGGUUUACUACGACUUGGAGGAGUUACUGGAGGUGCAGGAGCCACGCAUGUUUGUCGAUUUCGUUUUCACCAAUGCGCCGGCGUUUUUCUCCUCUACAGAAAAUUCUACUCCUUUGCAGUCUGUGUACUCAUCCGUAGAAGCAGCAACAGGCGCUACCGGACUGGAAGGAGGAAUGCAGCUGCAGCAACAUCAACAUCGGCCAUCGCCGGGAAAUAUGUUUGAAACGCCAAGCAGUGCGAAUGCUUGUGCUUCAACUUUUACUCCCAUCUCCACCUACGCGGAUUUCUUGGACAGCCUGUGUGCGAUUUCGGGGAACGCGAACUUGACGAAUUUCGGACAAAUAACGACCGACGACCUGGAGUUGGUCUGCAGAAGCUACUUGGACGCAAACAUCUUCUGUCAGAAGCCGAAUUACACACCAUCAAGGUCUGCAGCUUCUGGCGGGAACAACAAUUAUCAGAAUCAUAAUUCUAGUGGGCACGGGCUUUUUCAAUUUCGCCGGUCCCGAAUCAUCGAUGUGGACCGGGAGAGGCAGAAGGCGAAUUUAGAGAAGCACUGGUACAAUAUCAACGGGAAAAGACCCCCCACUCCAUAUCAAAUGGGAAAUCUGUGAUGCAGGAUUUGUGUACACGAAUGCGCGCUGUCUUGCAAUACGGCAUCGCAGCCAGAUCCGCAGCCUAGGGAAGGACAUUUGGUCUAGUUGCUUAGCAUUACAAACUGCUGUCCCCUAGGCCCAACUGCAUGCCAAAUCGCUCCCAUAAUGGCAGGGAAGCCUCUGCAUUUGUCUUCUUGCAAGACAGACGUGAUUUGUGGUCUCAAAUCAGCAAGACAAAUUUUCGGUAGCAUGCCUUUUCGAUAUGGGGAGGGGGGAUUUUUCCUCUGAAUAUACAAAGGAGAAGUGUACAACAACAAUACUAAUAACGCCAGUACAACCGCUUCGUCCGCAUUUUUUGCACCAGCUACACUGUCAGAGCCAGAUUGGAGCAGGACCACAAGCUACCUGAACCAGCAGCAGCCGAGUUGUAUCAAUUUCGGGGAUUACGAAAUUUACGGCUACAUCGACCAGAUUCUCCGGAACACCCGCGGACAGGCGCCGGCGCUGCCCCACGUUGCGUUGCACCAGAUCACGCACUUGGCGAGCAAACUGCGAAACGAGAACGAGUUCGGGUUUGAUCCCCAGAUGAACAGUGCUGGUGGGGCAAAUAAUUUCGGUGAGAAUUAUGGCGCAGCGCCAAACAAGCCACCAGCCCUAGAGAUCCCGACCGCGACCGCAGUCGAUGAACCGGAGGUGGUGGUGGCGCGGCCUGUGGGGGUCGCUAAACUUUUGGUUGAUGAUAUCGAAGACUUCGACGAUGAUAAUUCGGAGGAUUCUUGAUGAGAAAAACAUUUAGAAUGAAGCUUUUUUUCAUGAAACGCCAACUUACUACUCGCGAGUACUAGGCAGCUCUUGUAUAAUUGAUUCUACUGCUACUGCCUUUUUUUUAUUCCGCAGGGAGUUCGACUUGCGAAAGGAAAGG